AUCGGGCUGCAGGAAAGCCAGCGGCUCCCGGGUGCUGCCGCCCCGGCCUCGUGAUGUAAUUGUUAUUGCUCAGUCGGAGCCCGGGAGAGCGGCCGCCGGGGUCGGCUCCGAUCCGAUUCCUCCCCGCGGACCGACCGGGUCGACUGGCAGCUGGACUCGGCGAAAGCCCCGGCUAGGACCGUGCAGCCGUGGACACAAACCCAACUCCCGAGUCCGGCGUCCGUCCGUCCGUCCGUCCGUCCGUCCGUCCGAGCGAGCAGCUGCCCGGGGCACUCACUCCGCAGGAAGUGUUUGGAUUGUGAGCUAUUUCAGAGCUCUACUCAGAACCUGUUAUUUAAACAUUUGGGAGAAACUUAUCCAGAAGAUUCACACUACACUGAAGGAGUAGUGGGACAUCUGAAGACACCAGAUGACAUCAGAGUUACAUCUCAAAAGUUUUCUCAGUAGUCUUUCUCAGAAAGCAGAGUCAGAAGCUGCAGAAUAAUGAGUGCUGAUACAUUUAAUGAGGAAUAAAAGAUGAAGAAGUGAAGCAAUAUAUUCACUAAGGAUUAUACCUGCUUACUACUACUGAUAUAUGUGUUAAAGAAUCCUGCUGCUUCUUACUUAAGAGUUGAUUAACUCUGUUGUCAGACAACAGUGGAGUUUGCCUGCAUUUUAUCUUGUUAUUGCCAGAAGAAAUCCUGGUCGGAAUGUAACAUGCAUCUCUGUCUAAUUACAAUGGAAGGUGAUAUACUGAUACUCAUUUAUUAAAGGUACAUCUCACUUAUCCACAGAAAACCAUUCUUUAAAGUGACUGGAAACCAAGCCCUUGUGAACACUUCUAUUGAACAUGACUCAUGGAGAAGAGCUUGGCUCUGAUGUGCACCAGGAUUCUAUUGUUUUAACUUACCUAGAAGGAUUACUAAUGCAUCAGGCAGCAGAGGGAUCAGGUACUGCCAUUGACAAAAAGUCUGCCAGGAGGAAUGAAGAAGAUCAGAACUUUAACAUUUCUGGUAAUGCUUUUCCCACCUGUCAAAGUAAUGGUCCAGUUCUUAACACACAUACAUAUCAGGGAUCUGGCAUGCUGCAUCUCAAAAAAGCCAGACUGUUGCAGUCUUCUGAGGAUUGGAAUGCAGCAAAGCGGAAGAGGCUGUCUGAGUCCAUCGUGAAUUUAAAUGUAAAGAAAGAAGCUUUGCUGGCUGGCAUGGUUGACAAUGUGCCUAAAGGCAAACAGGAUAGCACAUUACUGGCCUCUUUGCUUCAGUCCUUCAGCUCCAGGCUGCAGACUGUUGCUCUGUCACAGCAAAUUAGGCAGAGCCUCAAGGAGCAAGGAUAUGCCCUCACUCAUGAUUCUUUAAAAGUAGAAAAAGAUUUAAGGUGCUACGGUGUGGCAUCGAGUCACUUAAAAACUUUAUUGAAGAAAAGUAAAGCUAAAGAUCAAAAGCCCGAUACCAGUCUUUCUGACGUAACUAAAAAUCCUAUCAGAGAUAGGUUUGUAGAGACACCUCAUCAUGUCGGACAAAGUGGAACAAAGGUCAUAAGUGAACCCUUGUCAUGUGCUGCAAGAUUGCAGGCUGUUGCAAGCAUGGUAGAAAAAAGGGCUAGUCCUGCCACUUCACCCAAACCCAGUGUUGCUUGUAGCCAGUUAGCAUUACUCCUUUCAAGUGAAGCCCACUUACAACAGUAUUCACGGGAACAUGCUUUAAAAACGCAAAAUGCAAACCAGGCAGCAAGUGAGAGACUUGCCGCUAUGGCCAGGUUACAAGAAAAUGGCCAGAAGGAUGCUAGUAGUUUCCAGAUAUCUAAAGGAAUGUCAAGCCAUCUUAAUGGUCAGGCUAGAACGUCAGGCAAACUAUUGACUAGCAGAAGUACAGCAUUUCAAAAUCCAAUGAGUAUCGUUCCUACUUCCCCCAAAAAUGCAGGCUAUAAGAAUUCACUGGAAAGAAAUAAUAUAAAACAAGCUGCUAAUAAUAGUUUGCUUUUACAUCUGCUUAAAAGCCAGACCAUACCUAAGCCUAUGAAUGGACACAGUCAGAGUGAGCGAGGAAGCAUUUUUGAGGAUAGUAGUACACCAACAACUAUUGAUGAAUAUUCAGAUAACAAUCCCAGUUUUACAGAUGACAGCAGUGGUGAUGAAAGUUCCUAUUCCAACUGUGUUCCCAUAGACUUGUCAUGCAAACACCGGCUUGAAAAACCAGAAACUGACCAACCUGUCUCAUUAGAUAACUUUACCCAGUCCUUGCUCAACACUUGGGACCCAAAAGUCCCAGAUGUAGAUGUCAGAGAAGAUCAAGAUACCUCAAAGAAUUCUAAACUAAAUUCACACCAGAAAGUUACGCUUCUCCAGUUGCUUCUUGGCCAUAAAAAUGAAGAAAAUAUAGAAAGAAACAGCAGCCCUCAGGAAGUCCAGAGUGAAGUGACAAAGUUCAAUGCACAGAAUUACAUGAGGACUUCUGUAAUUGAAAGCCCCAGUACAGCCCGGACUACUCCAGUGAGCACUCCACCAUUACUCGCAUCUACCAAAGCCGAGUCUCCCAUCAAUCUUUCCCAACACUCUCUCGUCAUCAAAUGGAAUUCCCCGCCAUAUGCUUGUAGCACUCAGUCAGAAAAGCCAAGUAAUACCGCGUCCAACCACUUAAUGGACCUGACAAGAAGCAAAGAAUCACAAGGAGAAAAGCAAGUCCAAAAUGAAGGUACACAAAACUCUGCAAAUUUCAGUGCCAGUAAACUGUUACAAAACUUAGCACAAUGUGGAAUGCAGUCUUCCUCUAGUUCAGCCGAAGAGCAGAGACUGAGUAAACAGCUACUCAGUGUAAACACAGACAAACCAGUCGGUAUGAUUGAAAGAUUAAAUAGUCCUCUGCUUACAAAUAAAACGAAUGCAGUUGAAGAAAAUAAAACAUUCAGUAAUCACUCAGCAGGUCCUGAACUAGGACUUUCUGGUUCUGAGAUAGAAAAUCUGCUCGAAAGGCGCACUGUUCUCCAGCUGCUCUUGGGAAACCCCAACAAAGGGAAGAGUGAGAAGAAAGAGAAAAUCCCUUUAAGAGAUGAAAGUACUCAGGAACAUACAGAUAGAGCUUUAAGUGAACAAAUACUGAUGGUAAAAAUAAAAUCUGAGCCUUCUGAUGACUUACAUAGUCAUAAUACAAAUGUGCACUUGAGCCAUGAGGCUAAGGCUACCCCAUUCAUAGGGAUGGGUUCUACCACGCAGAGAAGUACAGCUGCCUUACCAGCAUCCGAGGACUUUAAAUCGGAUCCCAUUUCACCUCAGGAUUUUUCUUUUUCAAAGAAUGGUCUGUUGAGUCGAUUGCUAAGACAAAAUCAAGAGACAUACCUGACAGACGAUCUGGACAGCAGUCACAGAAAUAGUGAACUGACGCUGCUCGAAUCAAAGAAUCUUUGCAUGGUUCCUAAGAAAAGGAAGCUUUAUACUGAGCCAUUAGAAAAUCCAUUUAAGAAGAUGAAAAGUAAUGUAGUGGAUACUGCAAACAGCCAGAGUGCUCCAGAGGUUCUGUAUGGGUCCUUGCUUAACCAACAAGACCUGAAACUUAGCAGAAAUGAGCUUGAACUUAAAUAUCCUGCCAGCCAUGGCUCGGCCAGUGAAAGCGAACAUAGGAGUUGGGCCAGAGAGAACAAAAGCUUCAAUGUUCUGAAGCAGCUGCUUCUCUCAGAAAACUGUGUGAGAGAUUUGUCCCAGCACAGGAGUAACUCUGUCAUAGAUGGUAAAAAGAAGGGACACAAAAAUAAUGUGACCAACAGCAAACCUGAAUUCAGCAUUUCUUCUUUGAAUGGACUAAUGUACAGUUCCACUCCACCCAACAGUUGCACAGAUAAUAGGACAUUUCCAUACCAAGGAGUAGCAAAAACUCCUGUGAGUCCUCCUUUCCCUGAGCACUUGGGCUCUGUUGGGUCUAAAUCAGAAUCUGGACAUUUGAAUGGAUCUUCCAUGCCCAGUGAAAAGGGACCCAUAAAGUGGGUUAUCACAGAUGUUGAUAAAAAUGAAUACGAGAAAGACUCUCCGAGACUGACCAAAACGAACCCUAUACUGUAUUACAUGCUCCAGAAGGGAGGCAAUUCUGUUACUAGUCGAGAAACACAAGAAAAGGACAUUUGGAGGGAGCCUUCAUCUGCUGAAAGUGUCUCACAGGUUACAGUCAAAGAAGAGUUGCUUCCUGCUGCAGAAACUAAGACUUCUUUCUUUAAUUUAAGAAGCCCUUAUAAUAGCCAUAUGAGAAAUAAUGCCUCUCAUCCCCACAGCACGAAUGGAGAAGUUUAUGGGCUUCUGGGAAACGUGCUAACAAUCAAAAAAGAAUCGGAAUAAAAUGUACCUGCCACCUUGCUUUGGAUCUUUAUAAACUAAUUAGUAUGAACUUGAGAUCUGUAUAAAUAAGAGCAUGAUUUGAGAAAAGCAUGGUAUAAUUGAAACCUUUUUCAUUUUGAAAAGUAUUGGUUACUGGUGAUGUAUAAAUAUGCAUACUACUUUUUGCUUUACGUUAGAUGUCAUGAGGAAACUACUGAACUAGCAAUUGGUUGUAUAACACUUCUGUAUGCAUCAGAAAACAAUUGUGAGUAGCCUAUGAAUAAAAUUCUUUUAUAAUUAAUAAUAGGCAUAAAUUAAAAUGUAAAUCUCCAGCCAUCAUGCAUUUUGCUGCCUUUUUAGGGUACUUUAUUUUGCUUCUCAGAAGUCAGCAUACAUAACACAAUUUUUAAGGUUCAAAUUGCUAAAUUGUUGAACUCCUUUAAGGAGAUUUACUGAAUUAAAGACCUAGUGCUGAUUCACUAAUCAUUAUCCAAUUCAAAAUUAAAUUUGAAAAAAAUAUGCUUACAUUUUUCACUUUUACUAAAAAAAUAUAUUUAUUUUUAACUCUUAUAAGGGGUUUUGUGGCUUCCCGUGUGUCUCCCCCACCCCGGUCCUUUUCAAUAUGUUUAUUUAAACCUUGUACUACUUAGUAAAAAUUGAUUAUACUUGAUGGAAGUUUGAUCCUUUAAAGGGGGGCAGAUUUCCAUUUUUUUGUAUUUUAACUACUUUACUAAAUUAUCCUUUUACAGAAUUAGGAAAGUUAAUAAUUAUCAGGUGGUUUCCUGAAUCGUUGAAUAUUUAAGAUGUUGUUUCUAACAGAAGCAAAAUGACUUUUCUUUGGAUGGUUUUUACCAUCUCGUUAAGAAAAAAAGUUACUUCUCACCUUUUCUGUGGUACCUGUGAUUCUUAUGACCAGGGUUUCUUAAAGCUGGGCUCAGACUGCCUGGAUAGAACCAUCUGGAGUGAUUGUUUUAAAAUGAGAUUCUUAGGCAACAUCUCAGAUCUACAGAACAAAAAUUUCUUAUCUCUUUAUCUAUGGUGGAAAUCUUCUAUCUGCACCUUAAAAUGCUCCUUCGGUGUUUCUUCUGUAUACAGAAGCUUGAGUAACAUUGCUAUAACUUUUCUGAGAACACAGGACUGUUAAAAAAAAAAAAGACAAAAAAAAUACCCUAUUUGAUGACUAUAUUUCCCCAAUACAGUCACACAUCAACUCAAAAUUUGUGAUCUUGUAGUUAAUAUAUUUCCGAUAUGUCUUUGGAAAUCGGGUUCAGGAUACUUUUUAUGACAAAAAAAAUUGGGUGGGACAACUUUCAUAUCUGGCUCAACAUCUCAGGAAAAUCUAAUUAUUUAUGUUUUUCCAGUGAGUAACAUCUACUUAAUUCGCCUUAGGGAUGGAAUAACAGGGCCACUUACCAAACUCAGGUGAUCCAGGAUGGUUUGGAAACUUCUGAAUACAUCCUUAAUUUCUAUUAAAAUCAUUGUCCUAAGAACAAUGCUGAAAAUGACAAAAGCAUUUAUUCAAACCCAAGAAAGGCAUUAAGCUCAGAUCAGCUAAACAAAACAAUACAAAGGGCACAUAGACAUGACAGAAUCAUAAUCACUCCAUUGGGUUUAUUAUUUUAAAAUAAUGAUUAAAAAUAAAUGUGGAUGAUAUCUUAGGAGAAUUCACUACUAUCAAGCCACAUUGGGUUCCAACUUAGAACAACCCCUUGUUUUUAAGUUCAGUUUUUACAAUCCAGUUUAUUCACCAGAUGGGCUUUUUUUUUUUUUUGGUUUUUCAUAGUGAACCAGGUUAGCAACUGACCUAUCAAAAAUUGUUAUAUAAUCAAUUAUCAAUUAGGAGGAAAUGUAUUUGAAGUUCUACUUGAAGCUGUUUCUAAGAUUUUUAUAUUAAAAAUGGGCGUUAUUUACUAAGAUGAUGUAAAACCCUAAAUGAUUAUUUUUUUCUCAAAAUGAUUUGUAAAUAGUUAUGGAUAUAUUUAAAAUGAUUGUCAGGAGUGAAUAUUACAUUACAUCAUGGGAAGAUGAAGGUGUAUGACUAUUCUGACAUGAAAAUUCCACUGGCCAGUGAGCAUAUUCUGCUCCAUCCCAUAUUUACUCUGUGACAAUCUUAUUGCCUACACGAUAUAAAUACGCAUCUUAACAAGUCAUUUUAUUUUUUUUGCCAUUAUGACUGCCUGGAGCCUUAAAGGUAUGUUAGAAAAAAAUGAUGUUCCCCAUUGGUUAGGGGGGAUGCUGGGCUUUAAAGGAAGUGAAAUUUCUAGGUCAGGGAAAAGAACAUCAAGGGGGCCAGCAUUUGCUGUUUUUUGUUGUUAUUGUUACUGCUUGUUUCAUUGAUUGGUUGGUUUUUGUUAACAGUUACAGGAAAGAGGAUAUGUAAAAUACAUAAAUAGACAUGACAACAAAGAAUGCUGUUCUGAUUCAGUAGAGAAUGUCCCUAUUUUGAGUUUAGGGUGAUUUUAAAGAACAGUGAGACAGGGCAUAUAUCCAUAAAUUCACUGUUUAUGUAUAUGUAGAUACAAGGAUGCACAUAUACACAUUUUUCAAGGACUAUUUUAGAUAUCUUGACAACUUCUUCCUAAUGAAGUUAUUUGUGAAAGGGUACUGCAGUUCUCAUUGACAUCAGUAAGGUAGUAUUGCCUGUUUAUUCUCUGCUGCAUCUUACAGAAGAGUAAACUGGUGAGAGUAUAUAUUUUAUAUAUAUAUAUAUAAUGUGUAUAUAUAUAUAUAUUGACUUGUUACAUGAAGAUGUUAAAUCAGUUUUUAAAAGUGAUGUAAAUAGUGAUUUCCUUAAUGAAAAAUACAUAUUUUGUAUUGUUCUAAUGCAACAGAAAAGCCUUUCAAUCUCUGGUUUCUGUAUAUUCCAUGUAUAAGUGUAAAUAUAAUCAGACAGUUUAAAAAUUGUGCAUGUAUGUAUACAGUUGCAAGUCUGGACAAAUGUAUAGAAUAAACAUUUUAUUUAAGUUGUGAUUACCUGCUGCAUGAAAAGUGCAUGGGGGACCCUGUGCAUCUGUGCAUUUGGCAAAAUGUCUUAAGUCAAAUUGAUGGUCAUCCCAACAUGACAGUAUUCCAUUUUCUGGACAUGAGUUAGGUGGUUUAAGCUUUGUGAAAGAAUGUGCUUUGAAUCCAAGGGUCUUAAAACUUUUUAAAAUCAAGUCAACCACUUUUCAAAGAGUUCACACAGCUACUUUCAUGAAUUUUUUAAUCCCAUUGGAAACAUAAUAUACCAAGAAUAUUCCAGUAUCCUGGAAUAUAGACACAUGACCAUUCAUGAUAUGAAUUCUGGGGUUUACAAAACCAAUUUUGAUGUAUUCUCAGUAAUAUAAUUUGUCAUUUUUAUUAGAAAUUUAAUUUCUUCAUGUGAUGUCAAAACUGUACAUACUGCAGUGUGAAUUUUUUGUUUUAUUUUUUAAUCUUUUAGUGUUUACUUUCUGCAGUGAAUUUGAAUAAAUGAGAAAAGUGCAUUGUC